GGUGUUGGAGAGAGCAGUUCGAAAGUAUAGUGCUACCCAUAGCUACAGACAACUAGACAUGGUGCAGAUGCUGAAAGCGUUAAUCGUUCCGGGUGUGCUGGCCGUCGCCGGCUGCUGCUGGUGGUGGUAUAGCUCCCGGAAGAAAACUCCAGGUACCAGCCAGGACAGUGAGGAGAAGGAGGAUGAGCUUUCUUCCUCUAGUGGAGAAGAGCAGUGUGCUCAGUCUGAGACUAGAGCACCUCUCUCAAGCUCAGAGGAGCUCCCCCUUCAGGACAGUGUGGAAGACAGCCAGCCAGAUGGACAGUGUGCUCAGUCAAGCCCAGAGGAGCUCCCCCUGCAGGCCAGUGUGGACGACAGUCAGCCAGCCUGGAGCAGUGAGGGGAAAAGGCUGCUUGAGGAGCCAAUCACCACAAUAGAGGAUCCUCAGGCUGAAGACACUCCAGUGACUGCUGUAGAGCUUCCAGAGCUGAGUGUCGUAGAUGACCUGUCUUCCUCUAUUGAAGAUAGACAGUGUGCUCAGUCUGAGACUGGGAGUAUUUCACUUCCCAUCUCGACUGCAGCACCUGUCUCAAGCCCAGAGGAGCUCCCCCUUCAGGACAGUGUGGACGACAGUCAGCCAGCCUGGAGCAGUGAGGGGAAAAGGCUGCUUGAGGAGCCAGUAAUCCACAAAGACAUACCAGCCUCCUUUCUGGGACGAAGGACACAACCACGGGUCCUUUCCACCUCCGUGACUGUGAAGCCCUUUUUCACAAGGGAUAAAAAGUAUGAGAACACAAGGGAGAGCCUUUCCCAGGUGGCAUGGGACACAGUAAUGGAUGAUUGGUAUUAACUUACCAAAUAAAAGCCAAAUAUAU